AUGAUGAACAAUUUAUUAAAAAUCAAACCCGAUUUAAUAAGAUGUUCAAUUAAAAAUAACAGGCAAUUAAUAAAUAAUAUCAUUGUUUUAAAUCAAUCAUCAUCAUUGUCAUUAUCAACAUCAUCAACAUUUUUAUUACAAACAAAUAAAACAAAAAAUGAAAUUGGUUUAAGAAAUUAUAAUACAAGAGAACAACAACCAUACCAACAAAAAACAUUUUCAAAAUACCCAACUGCAGAAUUAUUCAAAAGUUACAGUAGAACUCUUGUUGAUCCAUUAACUGGUGAUAUUGAUUUUUUAAAAAGAUUAAGAAUGCCAACAUUUUUACAAGCAUUACAAUAUAUUAAUCAAAAUGAUAUACCACAAAAUAUAUUUAUAUUCAAUAUUUCAUUGUACUAUUAUUCAGAGAAUGCUAUGAUGGAUGAAGCAAGAAAAUUAACAGAUUUAUUAUUAUCAUUGGGUUCUCAAUUGCCAGAAAAAGCAUAUUUAGCAAUCAUCAACACAUUUUCGAGUGACCAUGCAAUGCUCAAAAAAGUUGACGAAUUAAUAAAGACCGAUAGUGUAUCUGACGACAAGACUAGAUUAUUAAAUGAGCUAUUUAUACUCUAUAUUGAAAGUCAUAGGGAUUUGGAGUCUGCUUUAUCACUUUUAGAUAUUUUAGAAGGCGAUCAACUACAGGUUUAUUUCAAUACAAUGAUAUCUUUACUUCAAUUUUUUACCAAUAAUAAUAUGCAGGACCAUGCAGUUUCACUCCUAAAGAAUAUAGGCCUCAAAUAUCCAACUUGGUUUGGUAGUAAGAAGUUCUGUGAAAGAGUAGCACCAAUGAUUUUAUCACUUGGUCCACAUUUACCUGAAAUUUUAGAACAUGCCGAAGCAAAUGACUAUACCUCUGUCAAUUUAUUCAACACUUUAAUCAACACUUUUUCAAUUAAUAAAAACACUAAAGCUGUAGUCGAGCUAUACAAUAAAAUGAUUAAAAAGUUUGCACCAAAUCCAACUACAAUUAAGAGUCUUAUCUUUUUAGCAGUCAAAGAAGAGAAUGUAGAGCAGUGUCUUUAUUGGUUUGGUAUAUUGAAGGGUUUAGGAUUCUUUUUAAAUUCAAAGCUUUUCGUUUAUUUCAUUAGAUUCUUUAUUCAAAAGAAGCAAUACGAUGUUGUUGAAGAAUUGGUUGCCGAUUACAAGGUUAAUAGAUCGUUAUGGACACCAAUGUCAACCGGUUAUAUCAUCUAUUACUAUAACUAUGUUAAAGAUAACCCAGAGUUAAGAAAAGACAUCGAUCCAGUAUUUUUAUCACUCUUUGAAGAAACAGAGGAUUAUCGUGCACAGAGCACUGAUCAAAUUAUUCAAUUAUGCUUACUUGACGAUCGUUAUGAAGCCGCAGAAGAUUGGUUCAAAAACAAAUCAUUAAAAUAUGGAGUUGCACCAUCCAUGAAUUCAUAUUUAAAUUUUAUUUCUUACCAUCGUAUAAGAAACGAAUAUCAACAAGCUGACUAUUGGAUCAAAAAAAUGAAGAACGAGAUUGAUCAAGAUAUAAUCAAUUCAAAUGAUCAAAUUUUUGAUUAUUUCCACAAAUUCUACCAACCAAAGAAUGAUAAAUCUGUAAAAUCAAGCUAUAAAGAAAGAUCAUUAAAACGUCUAGAAAUCAUCGAAAAAAUUCAAACCGAUUCAAAUACUGCUAUUCAAAUGGUAUUCUCAUUACUAGAAAAAAGAGAUUCAACAAUUAAUGAAGAGUUCUUUAUUACCGUAGUUAGAAAAUUAGCAAAUAUGAAUAGAAUUGAUGAUGUUAAAAGAAUUUAUGAAUCAUCUCUAGUAUUUGGUUAUAUUCCUACUUUCCAAUACACUUAUGCAUUUUUAAAUAGCUUCUAUAGAAAAUCAUCCUUCUCUAAAUACAUAGACUACAUCAACAAUCCACCAGUUGGCGCAUUCAAGAAAGAUUUUGAAAAGUCACAUAUCUGUAUUCUUGCUGGUUUCUCAUUAAGAAAAUGUCUUAAGCUACUAGAAAACGAAAAAAGAUAUACCCAAUACACAGACUCUAAAGAAUUUUUAAAUGGAUUAUUAUCAAAUUUAAUCAAUAUGAAUCAAUAUUCCAAAGUAAACAUUUUAAUGCAAUCAAUGCUCGAUAAAAGCGAAAGAAUCAGAGGCUCACAUAAUAUCAUAUUCGAUGAUAGUGUAUUAGAGUUUUAUUUAAUCAAGUUUAUUCACAAUCAACACCAUAUUCAAUUCAUCAACAAGCUAUUAAACUAUUUCCAAAUCAAUUCUAUUCAAUUCAAUAUUCCAUUAAUUAAAGCAGCAAUGGCAUCAAAUCUUUUAAUUGAAGGUAAAAUUCAAGAAUCAUACAAAUUAUAUAAACAAGUAAUUUCAGACUAUGGUAAUAUUACAAUCUAUGAACUAGGUAUUAGAAUCUAUUCAAAGAUCUACCCAAUUCCACCAGCAGAAAACAUUCAAAAAUGGGAUGAUUUAAGAAAUAAAUUCAAUAUCGAUUAUGGUGUUAACAUUAAGUCAAUGUAUUAUCAAUACUUUAAAUCACUCAUCGAAAUUGGCAGAUCUGAUGUUGUCAGGAGAGAAAUAGCUUUAAAAACAUUUGAUUUCUCAAAUCUCAACUUUGAAACAAUCAAUUUAAUCUUUAAGGUAUACGAAGGUAGUCCAGAAAAAAUAUUAAAAUUAGCAACAUUACUUCAUAAUAAGAAAUACUCUAUUAAAGAUAAGCAUAUUUUAAAACAAAUCGAAGACUCCCAUGUAAUUUAUCCAAAAGUAAAUCCAAAAGAAAUUAAAGAAAUUUUAGAGAAAGUCAAAACCUUUAAUUAUAUCGAAGAAUUCAAAUUUAACGAUACCGAGGUACAACAAUUAGAGCAAAUUAUAAACUUAAAACAAAAUCAUAUAAUUUAUAACGAAAAUUAUUUAGAAAAUGGUUUCAACGAUAAUUAUAAUAAUGACUAUUUUAAUAAUUUUGGUAAUAGCGGAAAUAGUGGCAAUAUUAGCAAAACCGAUAUUUUAAUGGUUUAA